CUGCUGACUGUGUUGCACAGUCGCAGGCAGAGGCUGGGGUGCUCUACUCCAUUGCCUAAGACCGACCAUACGUGGCUCCAGUGCCACAUCCUGCCCGAGGUGCUACUGCUUUCGACUAAAUAUGGCGGAUCUAGAGAGGACAACUCGAUAAAACCCGCAAAGCCCUGGUGUUAGUCGUAACCGUGCCAAUGGGCUGUAUGGCAGCUGCGUGAAUGCUGUCUUAGAACGGUGACCUCCGGAUAUCUGGCGACCUCCGGUUGUAAUUAAAUGCCUUGUCGUGAUACUGGGGGCUAUGUCACGGUCGACCUGCCCGACCCCCACACUCGUGGGAAUCAAAAUGAACUCAAGAAAACAACAACAAAUUAACCAACCAACAUACAAUCGAACAAACCAAAUAAACAACACGCACGGAAUUCGCUUAAGCGGCGCAGCCCGCAAGCGAUUCUAUUAUCUGGUCAAGAAGGGCAUGGACCCGGAGGAGGCCAAGGAGCGGGCGACGCAGCCGAUAAGCCAGGCCAUGUGGCAGACACAGCAGACCCGAGUACAAAGGCACAAUUUCAAGGGAAUUAACCCACCGCAUGAAAUGUUAGCCAUGGAACCUUCUCAAUUCAACAACAGCUUCUCAGGCUACGGGCAGUGCGGAAUUGACUGGACAGAACCUGUACAUAAUUAUCAGUCGGCGAUCGAAACCGUACAGGACAGCGGAACAAGUCCGCAGCCUGCCUACCAUCAAGCUGACAACAGCUUCUUCGACGACGGACAAUGCAGCACUGGCUGGCCGGAGCCUGCACAAAAUUAUCAGUCCACGGUCCAAACGCAACAAGUCGGCGAAAUAAGUCCGAGGCAACGACUGUUAUGUGGAGAGCUUGACUACCAUCAUGCUGACAAUAGCUUCUCAGACUACGGCCAAUUUGACAGUGGCUGGGCUGAGCCGUCGCGAAGUCAUCUUAAUCAACUAACUGUGCCAUUUGUAAACCAAUCUCGUCGAGCAUCUGUGAGGGCUAGACUCGGUGCACCUGUAAAUCGCGUGCGACGCGACAUGCCACCUGCCUAUGGCGGCAGCGGGCAAACGGAGAAAGAGGAAGACGUCGACAUACCAAAUCUAAACGUGGCCAUACUGCCCGGUGACUAUCCCAGCGAAUUGUGGACAACUGAACAGCUGGAGGCCGUGAAGAAAAGUAUUUGUGAUCUCGUGCAACGCCAGGGCGAGGGAUGUGUGAAGCCCAGUUUUGCGGGUUGCAUUUUCCGGAACGGCUGGCUCUCUGUGCACGGCAACGAUGCAGCCAGUGUAAACUGGUUGAUGGCCAUGGACACCAGGCUACGACCCUGGGCGGGCGCCUCCUUGAAAGUGCUGCCGGAAUCUGAGGUGCCAUGCAAUCGUGUAUUCGUCGGCCUCUUUCCGGCAUUGUAUAGCACGCCAGUCAAGUACACGUUACGCCUAAUCGAUGCCCAUAACGAGGGUCUGGCCGUGCACGAGUGGCGCGUGCUUCAUCGUCUACAAAGCGGACCCACCAUGAAACUGGCCGUGUCCAUCGAUGCCCACUCAGCCGAGGUGCUGAAACAAAUGGACUAUCAAUUGAACUAUGGCUUCAGUCGGGUCCACUUUCGGCCAAGAAAGAAGGCGACCAAAUAAACUCUUCAUAAUAUCUAACACACUUAA